UUGUUAAAGGGGUACUGCGGAAGUUGCUGGGCGUUCAGCGCAGUAGGUGUUUUAGAAGGGCUGAAUUUCAACCAUUCCGGACAUUUAGUUUCGCUUUCUGAACAGAAUCUCGUUGACUGCAGCACCAGCAAGUAUGGUAAUGAAGGGUGCGAUGGAGGCCUACCUGCUAGUGCUAUUAAAUAUGUAAUAGACAAUAAUGGCAUUGACGGUGAAGACGAUUAUCCCUACGAGGGAGUGGAAGGCACUUGCAGAUAUUCCAGAUUGUACAGUAAAGCAACUGCCAGUGGGAUAGUCAGAUUACCUUACGGAGAUGAGAAGAAACUUGCUGAGGCUGUUGCUACAGUUGGACCAAUAUCCGUUGGAAUAGAUGCUAGUGGGAUAUCAACCUACAAAUCCGGAGUGUAUGCACCUAAACACUGCUCUCAUAGGCCUAAUCAUGCAGUAUUGAUUGUUGGGUAUGAUGGUACCAAAAAACGCAUUCCUUACUGGCUAAUCAAAAAUAGCUGGGGUACAAGUUGGGGAGAUAAUGGAUACAUGAAACUUAUACGCAACAAUCACAAUACAUGCGGGGUUGCAACCAUGGCAGUUUAUGCGACACUCCAUUGA